AUGGAGGCUGUUGCCGAGCUCUGUGCACUGUGCGUGGCGGGGGACGGCCCGGCGCCCCACCCCCCACUGGAGUCCGUUCUAUCAUUUGUGGUUCAGCGGGCGGCGCGAGUGGCGCUGCCUCAUAUGUCUGCCGUGGAAAGGGGGAUUCUGACGUUGCAACUCAUUUCCGCAGGCGGCCUCCAGCACGGCGCCUGCCGGCGGUUUCUUUUCCGAGAGCUCAGCCCACCGUACGGCGCUGCAGCCAUCGUGCGGCGGAGCCACGAGCUGUACGUAAGGUCUGCUGAACGGACGCUGGCGCUUGGCGAUAGUGAGCACUCAUCCAUGUUGUCACGGCGGGGCGGGUGCCCCUUGCCGCGUCUCUCCCUCUUGAGGAGGGGUGGGUGUGUGGAAAGGAACCUGCCGCCGGUGGACUUCCGUGGGGAAGACGCGGAGCGGUUGCUGUCUGCACUGGUUCAGUCGUGGAAUUCCUCUAAUGCUGCGUCGCCGUCGCCGCAUGCGUGGUCGCUUGGAGACGUCCCCCCGGGUCUUGCCACGUACCUGACGCUGCACUAUCCUGCACGCACACUGCAACUCCUGCGGACGGCAGUAGUGGGGCCGUCUGUGCCGCAAUUGUGGCGCGAGUUGUGGCGGCAGGUUUUUGUUUCAGCUCCAGACGCCGAUGCCACCGCUGACACGAUGCACAGGCUGCUGGAUCAGGGGACCUGCGCCGAGUUCUGGCCCUGUGCAGCGCGUGCGUUUGUGUAUCCCCUCGCCGGUGCUGUGGGUGACGAGGAUGCCGAGAAGAAUGUGCUGGCGACGUUAGAGGGGCCCUCAACGUUUUUGGCGCAUGCCUUGUUGUGUUUGUGGUUAGGCGAGAUCAAGCACGGGUGCGGCAUGACAGGGAUCGAGGCGCCUCCAGCAGCUACAGAGGUUGGGCAGGGGGCUUCUUCCCUUGCUGUUGCUCCGCUCCCACCAUCGCCACCGUCGCCGGCAGCGACGGAUGCCUGCUGGCGUCGGGCGUUGAUGCAAGGGAUGCGGUGGGUGGAGGUGGACGGGAUGUGUGGCUCUCACGGGGAGCCGCGGCGGGAGCGCGCGGGCGCGAUUCAGGCUGCGUAUGGGUUGCUGCUUUCGCUCUAUCAUGGCCACAGCAUGGCCUCGCAUUAUGUGCGCGGCGCGCUGGACCACCCGGAGGUGACGCUUUUUGUGCCUUCCUUCGAGGACCUGAACGGGGCGAUGAGCGGGAUGGGGGCCCAAUUGGGUGGUGGCGAGGGCCGUUGCGGCAGCCCGGCGUUUCUAGCUGCGUUGGCGCUUCGACUCCCCGCUGCGCAGCUGUACGUGGCGGAACGUGUCUGGCGGCAGCUUGAGGCGUUGGCGGCACCGGGCGAGGCGGACACGCGUGAUCGGCAGAUGUCCGAGCUCGACGCUCGUCUGCGGGUUCUGCUGAACAGCUUUGCUUGCAGCGGCCUCCCGCUGGAGUUCACUCAGGAGAGAAGGGGCAUUUCUGCCCCGUUUGUCAAUGCGGCCGCGACGAAGUCGGGGGAAGGGCCGCAGAACCGGGAGGAUGGCCCACGCCCGAUGAUGCGGCUCAAGCGCGCCCGCGCCACGGGGCACAUGCCUCAAGUGCGCAGCACGAGCGGAGAAGGCGGCGCGGGCCACGAGGGCCAGACACGGGUGGCCCCCACGGCUUCCGAUAUUUCCCUGGCAGCUUCGUUGCUUCGGAGCGCAUUGACCGACUUUGCGACGGAGGAGAUUGCUCAGCCGCUUACGUCCUCCAAUUUUUUGACCCCGGGCGAGGCGGCACGCGACGGCCGAGUCUCUGCCAGCACCACACGCUUAGUGCUUGUGACGCCAGCGCACAUGAAGUCUUUCUCGGGGUUAUUUUCGACCUUUGCUUCCUCGUCGUCGUGCUCGCAGAUGGUGCGCAACGUGUGCUGCGUUGUCAUGUCCGUGCUGUUGUAUCGUCAGUGCUGCGCGUUGCAGAGGUGGCUUCUGCGCGAGGCGGAAAGUGGACUGAAGGCUGCGGUGGUGGGGCGUUUUGUGUGGCGCCUUCGUCGUUGGGUGCGAUUUCUUGCCCCUUUGGACGUGUUUCGUUACGCCCCUGUGGCAGAGGUGCUGCUGCCCGAGUGCCUACGGGAAAUGAAGAGGCAGGAGGCCGGGAGCACGGACUGCAAGUCGGAUGCGGCGGCCACGGCGGCCCUAGAGGAGCUGCGUGCUGCCGUCAUGGCUGCCCUCUGA